CUUCAAGGGUAAAAUGUGUGUCUGUAUAGAUUAGUGAUAGUCAGUGGGCUGGACAUCUUCACGCAUCAGUUGCAAUAUCAUACUGGUCUACUUUGGUCCCACCUUCCCACACAACACAGGAAGACGCACAACAAAAUGAAAACGGCGACUGGUUUGUCUACUGCAGCGGUCACUAGACUCCCCAAAAAGUCAUGCCAUGAAGACGAUGGAGCUUGUUUUUCUGCUCAUCUUCUUUCCUGUCACACUUUCAGUGAAACACUCGCUGAAGUUUUUUGCCACAUCGUCCUCUGGAGUCAAAAACUUCCCAGAUUUUGUGGUUGUUGCGUUGGUUGAUGAAGUUCCAACAGGUUACUGUGACAGCAUCAUUAACACAGUGGAAGGCAGACAGGACUGGUCACAAAAAAUGUUUGAAGAUGAUCCACAGCACUUGGAGUGGUGCACGGAGCAGUGUUUAUUAGACCAAUAUGACUACAAAGAUCACAUUGACAUUUUGAAGCAGCAACUGAACCAAACUGAAGGUGUCCACAUCUUCCAGAGGAUGUUUGGCUGUGAAUGGGAUGAUGAGACUGGAGAGGUUAAUGGUUUUGCUCAGUUUGGUUAUGAUGGAGAGGACUUCUUAGCAUUUGACCUGAAGACACUGACAUGGAUCGCUCCAAAACCACAAGCUGUCAUCACCAAACACAAGUGGGACAGAGAUAGAGCUCUCAAUGAAAGGUGGAACUACUUCCUCACCCAGCAGUGCCCUCAGUUUGUGAAGAGAUAUUUGGACCUUGGGAAGAGCUCUCUACUGAGAACAGAGUUUCCCUCAGUGUUUCUCCUCCAGAAGACUCCCUCCUCUCCAGUCAGCUGCCACGCUACAGGUUUCUACCCUCACAGAGCUGAGAUGUUCUGGAGGAAAGAUGGAGAGGAGCUUCAUGAGGACGUGGAACAUGGAGAGAUCCUCCCCAACCAUGAUGGAUCCUUCCAGAUGAGUGUUGACCUGAACCUUUCAUCAGUCACACCUGAAGACUGGAGGAGGUACGAAUGUGUGUUUCAUCUCUCUGGUGCAAAGAACGACAUCGUCACCAAACUGGACAAAGCAGUGAUCAGAACCAACUGGGUUUCUCCCUCAGAGUUCCCUGCUGGUCCUGUUAUUGGAGGUGUUGUAGGACUGCUGCUGCUCCUGGCAGUCUGCAUCACUGGAGUCUUCAUCUGGAGAAGGAGAGAGAUUCAGACCUGCAAACUGUGA